CGCGCAUCGCAACACCACAAACUGCAGUGUCGACAACAACAACGACAACGACCGCGCACUUCGAGGUGAACACUGCUGCUUCUGAACAAAGCCUCACCCAUCCAUCCCAUCCCAUCCCAUCGCACACCUCGGCUUGAAGUCUUGCCUUACUCUCCUGCACAGGAGGCAGCCGUUCAGUGCGGCAGCGUUGUUGCUGUUGUUACGUUUCCCCCUUUGGUUGUGGUGAUUGUCCACAACACCAACAACCUGCAACAUGUCGAAGCUCAGUGAAAUCGCUGCUCCGAUUCCGCUGCGCUCCCACGCCAUCCAAAUCCAUGGCGAGGAGACAGAAAACAAACCAGUCUCAAAGACAGACAAGGAUGCAAGCACUCUGGGCAGCACGCCCCGCUCCAGUCAACAGAAGCUGGCUGUGGUGUUGGAUCCUGUGCAGGUCAUCGACAUGCAGCUGACCCCACGCAUCGUCAUCAGCCAGCUGGAGUCCGACGAUCCAGCAGAGGUCAACAAGGCCAUCGAGCACUGCAUCUCAAUUGCACAGUACAACCAGGCGCAGUUGUCCCAAAAGGCGCGAUACACGCAGCUUCUGAUACAUUCUGCGCUGACGUUUGUCGACAGCACCAAGUACCCUGCGGUGAACGAUGCCAUCCGCGCGUUUGAGGACAUCUUCUCCAUGACCCGCUCAUCACCAUCACCCACUCCAUCUCCGUCGUCCUCGCCACCCACUCCAGCAUCUCCGCCAGCACUGCAAUUGGCGCACGCGGACGCCGCCGUUGCCGAGCUGUCCAUGCUCAGUGACUUGCGGCGCGCCAUGUUCACGCUUGCCAGCAUGGAGACCGAACCCUCCGCUGUGCCGCUCCUCACCCUCCCGCUUCGCAUCCACGACCCAUCGGCUGCUGUCGACACGUUCCGCCCGAGCGCGGCGGCCAUCGACCCCAGCAUCGCCCGCUGCUUUGUUGGCCAGCCCAACGCGAACGCGUGCCACCUCUUUGAGCAGCACGGCGCGGGCGUGCCUGGCGCGUUCCUGCUGCCAAUGGCGCCCAGCCGCCGCCGCCGCUCCCCGCUCGACCCGCCGGCCCGCACAGACACGAGCGAGGCCCCGCAGCACAUCGUGUGCACCGCAAAGCCGGGGCCACUGGUGCUUGGGCGGCGCGCCAACGACGCCCCAGGCAUCAUCAGGAACUUGGACCCCUCCACGCUCGACACGUGCGCCGUCUUUGAGCAGGAGCCCGGCACCCCGCCUGAUGACGUUUCAGGCUUGCCGCGCCCCAAACCCCGCAGACCGCAUCAGCACCACCACCACCAGCGGCGGCAGCGGCAACAGCAGGAGGCGCUUCAGGCCCAGUAUGGCGGCUACGAGCGGCUGCUCGGGGAGCACCUGGUCGCCCUCGUCCCCGCACAGGAGCACGCCUUUGCCUGCAUCGAUUUUGUCGACCAGCACUAUGAGAUGCGCUUCUUUGACAUUUCGCAGCAGCAGCAGCAGGCUGCCUGCACCGAGCCCAAACUGGUGUUCCGCGCCGUGCUGUGCAUGCCGCUCACGCUUGGCAAGAACAUCAUGGUACAGGUGUCCCUGGCCGACUUCCAGGUGCAGAAGAACCAGGGCGUUGCGUGGCCUGUCAACAUCCUCAUCAACCCCAAGGCCAGCAAGAGCCAGAGUGGCAACGGCAACGGCAAAGGCAGCAGCGGCAGCAGCGACAACGGGAAAGGCAGCAGUGAGAACGAAAGCCGUGAGCUGACCGAUUCUGACAUGCUGUUCCUCCUCCCCAACGGCACCGUAACCACGUCCACAGGGUCUCUCAUGUCCUCCAUUGCACCCGGUGAGCAUGUCAAGGGCAUCUCCACCACGGGCAAGCGCGGUGGCAUCGUCGUGCACACCACCGCCGGCGUCAUCAGCAUGAACAAGGACACCACUGCCUUUGAGCACCUGCGUGGAUACCCGACCCCACACGCGCUUGAGCACGUCGCUCUCUAUGGCCGCCAGAAUGCUGUCGUCGGCGUGACCAGGAGCGGCGCGCUGGUGCUGCGGCAUGUGCGCGUGUGCGAGGGUUUGUGGAGCCCCGUUGUGCCCGUGAUCAUUGACCGCCAGUCCCCAGACAGCCUGUCGUGCCGCCCAGCGCGCCCGCUGCUCCUGCGGCUGCACGGCACGGCCACGGCCGAAGUUACAAACGUGCACGUGACCGACACGCACGCGACGGUGACGGUUCGUGUGGCGGCGGAGCACGAGGCCAUGGCAAUGCAGCACUUGACGCUGACGGGGAGUGCCGUCGAAGCCGUCGCCAUCGACAAGGAGCAGGGACCACCCGCCAUGACAAGCACGGGUGCUGACGGCGAUGGUAACGCCAACAGUGGCGGUGGUGACGAUGCUGCCAGCAAGGCCGGUGGGCAAACGGGUCUUGCUGGCAAGGGGAAGCGGAGAAAGCAGAAGGCAUCGGGGCCACGCGUGACGCUGGUGAUAAAGGCGCGGCUGGGUGCUGUGCACGAGUUUGGGAAGCCCGGCUCCAUUUCGGGCCGCGCUGGACCUGCUAUGGCCGCGAUGAUGCAAGGGGAACAGCCAACCAUCUCACUGGCGUCCAAAGAAGACGCGCUUGCGCUCGUGCACCAUGUGUCGGCGCCAGUCCGCGACAUGCACACGGAGGAAGUGACGGCCGACUCGCCCUUCACCCAGGGUUCGAACCUCAAGUCGUCGGAGAUUGGCAUGUCUGGGAAGCAGCUGUGCAGCUCAGCGGCGUGUUUCUCUUGGUCCUGGCUCAUCACAGAUGAGGGCAACCUCAGCUUUGGCGUCAGCAGAGUCGCUGAAUCAUCGAUUGCUUCCAUUGUGUUCGCCGCCGAGCCGCCGGCAGCCAAUUUCAGCCACCCGCUGCAAUGCGCCCUUGUGACGGCACGCAUUGUGUUUUUCGCUGGCUGGCACUACUUUGAGGUCAUUGUGAUGCCGCCACCGCCCUCUGUCAAGGAUGACCCGAGCUACGAGGGCAGUGGGCGCAUGUGCGAGACAACUGCCUCCUACCGCAUGCGCCUGCCCAAAAUCGAGGGCACAGAGCGCCUGUACGUCCGGCUCAAAGCAAAGGCGCGCGCCAAGCCGGUGGCGUGCCCCAUCGGGCCGCACUCGCCCUUCCAUCUCAAGCACGUCAGCGGGGAGGCGCCUGCGGAGGUCGCGCUCGCCAAGACGCGAGCGGUCGACGUGGUGAGCGGCAGCAGGCACGCGCUGGUGCUGACGAGCAGCGGCGCUGUCCUCUCUGUGGGUAACAACGCCUUUGGGCAGUGCGGGCGGUCCACUGCCCACCGCGGGCUGCGGGUGCGGCGCGGCGUGUGCGACCGCGAGGGCCACCAGAUGUACCCGGACGAGAUGAAGCACGUAUGCACGUCAUGUGGGCGGUGGGGCGAGGACGCUGCGUCGGAGACGAGCGAGGAGUGCGCUCUCACGCCGGGCCGCCGCCGCGCCAAGGUCGCCACUACCUCCUGCGUCCGCUGCUACCGCUGUGCAGACUGCGUCGACAAGAAGCGCCUGCUCACGGACACGCUCCUGGACACGCUGGACGCCUACGUGGCGCUGGGCGCCAUUGAGCUCCCGUUUGCCCGCUGCGUACAGGUCGCCGCGGGCCGCUUCCACUCUGUGUUUCUGUCGCAGGACGGCGAUGUGUACACGUGCGGCCUGAACAACGGCAACCAGCUUGGCCGCGAGCUCGCCUUUGAGCCGGCGCAGGAGGGCUUUGGCCAGCACGUGCCCUGCCUUCCCCACACCAGCGCCACAUUGGCAAAGGUGACGCUGCCGGAUGCGGCCUCCUCCCCGGUGCUGCGCGUUCGGGCGUGCGGCGAUUUGUCGCUGCUGCUGACGAAGAGCGGCCACGCCGUCGUCUGCGGCGGGUUCCUGCCGAGCAAGUGCAUUGAUCUGCAAGCCACGCUUGGCGUGUCGCUGUACCUGAACAACGCUCGCCCCGGCCAGCGCCACACCGCACCCGGCGACUCGCAGCUGGAGGUGUUUGUGCGCAGCGACAAGCAGGUGGUCGCCUUUGCCCACACCGAGUGGCUGCAGGAUGCGCAGGAGAAGACGCGGGUGAUUGGUGGCGUGUGCACAGACUACGUGUGUCUGCUGCGCCAGACAAGCCCCCGCCUCAAGCCAAACGUGUGGGAGUACGUUCGUGUCUUCAAGAGCGAGCUGGCCAGUCUCCAGAAGCCAUCGAGCUGCACCAUCACCUUUGACGAUGACUUUGAGCCUGUUGGCUUUGUGCCGGAGCUGCCCGUCGUGUUUGGCUGGACCAAGUCCUCCCCUGAUGCCCACACCAGCAGCAGUAGCAGUAGCAGCAGCAAUGCCACCGCCAGCACCGCCAGGACGAAGCACGCGCUGCAGUUCCGGCUCAUGCACGAUGCCCCGCUGAUGGAGCAGACAAUUUUGUCGGCCAACAAGCAGGACCCGCUGUUGGCCAAGACCAUCGCCAACAUCACCCAGCUCCUGCACAACCCGUUUUUCACCAGCGGCGAGGCAGAGCGCCUGCGCCGCGACCUCUUACCGUCGCUGCGGCAGUCGGCGCGGUCGGCGGCAUACGCGUGUGGGAUGCACAUCAAGCGCUCUGCCCACGCCCUGACAGCAGUGGGCAUGCGCCCCGAGGACCACAUGCCCGAGUUUGACUUGGCAACCAUCACCAUCGUCGUCAACACAGCGUGCCUGGUGAGGUUCGCGCUCAAAGAUGCUGAGGUGAGCAGCAAUUCCUUUGGCGACACGCCGCGCAGGCGUCAUCUACUGGCGCCCAACACGCCGUGCACGGUGACCAUCCGACGCAAGGGCCAUAGCCCGUGCCAGAGCGCCUUUGACUGCGAAACGGUGCUGCCAGCUGUUGUCGCUCGGCUGGAGAGCACCAGCCGCUUCGUCUGCGGCCUCCUUCGAAUCGACAUCACAGAACUCUCGCCGCUUGAGCAUGCGCUGCUUCCACUGGAAUUCAGCCUGUUCUGCACGUCAUCUGCGGUCGCUGGCGCGUACGAUGCUGCCACCGCCCUGCGCACCCACCUCGCUGCAGCUGCAGCAGGCUCCAGCACAGACACGACACCGCAGGGGCACAUGACAAACGCAAUCAUCGCCCAAACGCAGCUGGCGGCCAUUGCGGUGAACAUCUCGCUGCUGAGCAGAGAGGAGCAGCCUGUUCGCCAGGGCGCGUUGCACCCGGACUUGCCCGGCCUGCUGAGCCGCUGCCUCAUGCAGGUUGCCGAGCUCAAGGUGUCUGCACAGGGGGCGGACCUGCAGCAGUGGCAGCGCGCCUUCCAUCAGCUCAUGGACAUUGUUGUCAUUCUCACCGACCGCAACUCCCUGCUGAAGCGUGCGCUGGAGCAGUUUGCCCGCCUGGACGCGCGAGAAUCGUUCACGCUCGCAGACGUGGCACAGGCGGAGGUGGUUGCCUUCACCCUCAACCGCUGCUGGGAGCACGUGUCAUCCGAGGACCUGUUUUCUGUCCUCGGCAUCUCCACGCUCGGCACCGUCGACGACGCAGACAAGCUUGUCUGCCUCUUCCAGAGCUUUUUUGACUUUACCAAGAAGACAGGCGCGUCUGCUCGGACACAGUUUUUCCUGCUAAUUCGUUCGUGCCUGCAGGCAAUGGUGCAGUGGACCGGUGACCAUGCGGACAAGAAGGGUGCCGCCGUCUUCCUGACAGAGCUUCUUGACUUGCUCCUUGAUGAGCUGACCGCCAUCAAGGCGGGCGGCAACGCUGCAAACGAGAUGGAGCUGCUGUCAUCGUUGUCGUCGCUGCUGCGCGUGUGCUCCAAGUGGGUGAACAACCUCGGCAGUUCGAGCAAGGCCCCCAUUGAGCGAUUGCUCAGGUCCCUCAUCGGCAUCUACACCGUUGUUGCCGGCACCAACCGCGACGCCCUCGCACAACAGCCCUCCCCAUCCCAGCAAGCAGAUGUGUACGGGUCCGAAGCGUUUGGACACGUGUGCACAGUCGAGAGCGCCCACCCGUACACACACGGACUGGUCGAAGUCAAGCACGUGUCGUUCAAGAAGCCGUGCAUGGUGGCAAUUGGGUUCCACAGCAGCUGUUCGCUUGCAUCACCAGAGGACCGCCUGAGCAUCGUUGCAGAGACAGAAGCGGGAGACAAGACGGUGACGGUGACGGGAAGCGACACGUUCCCCGAGGCCUUCCAGGUAACACCUGCGACGCGCGUGACGUUUCGCCUGGAGACGACGACGCGGGAGGGCGGCAGUGCCGAGGACGACAGCGCCGCAUUUGGGUACCGGUGCCAGGUUGUGGCGUUUCCCAUCACUGCUCUCGACAAGACUGUCGACUCGCCAACGCGCGACACCAUCGAAACACAGCUGGCGGAUGUGACGAUCAAGCUGUGCAAGCGGGUGCUGGGUGAUGUCACUUCGGACAAAGAUGAGGCCCAAGUGGCACAGGUUGCCCUCACUUUCAACCCGACGUUCCAUGGACAGGCUGUCAAGAUCGAGGACCGUGCGGCGGCGACGAAAGCCGGGCGCGUGCCCGGUCAGAUUGCAGAGCGGCCGGAGGGACACAACCGCGCCUGCUGCUUCUCGCUGUUUCCCAUUGCCCUCAAGGACGAACGGAAGGAGUUUGCAGUCGAGGUGAUGGAGAGCGACGCCGCAAAGGCUGGAGGGAUGGCGAUGGGGUUUGUUGUGAUGCCGAAGAUGGAGGAUGAGUAUGAGAAACCGCCACUGCAGCGCCUCUUCAAGUCCAUUCCGUCAUCCGCUAUUCUGAUCAAUGAGAAUUCGCUGGUGUAUGUCGCCAACUCCGAGGCGUACAAAGGCAACAACAACCUCGGCACUGUCAGCAAGGAGUCAAACUUCCUCCACCUCAACACCGUCACUGCCGGGGAGAAGAUCAAAAUGUGGGCCAACAAGGAAGGCGAGCUGUUUAUCCAGGGCCCAUCCCAGAAGGACCCAGCAAAGAUCCCACUUCCAGCUAAAGUGGACAUUGAGCAGGACCUGUAUGCGUUUGUGGAUGUGUAUGGGCGAACGCAGCGCGUGAAGAUGACUGGCACGAGCGAGGUGCGGCUGGAGCACGACCCAGCAUACCCGCGCUCGGCACCCUGCCCCUUCUGCAAGGCGGCCAUGGUGAUGACGCGCGGGUACGCAGACGUCACCUGCGAGUACGGCCAGCAGAUUCCGUUUGGUGCGCGGUACAUGCUGUGCCCCAAGUGCUUGACCACGAGCUCUCUCAGCGGCGCAUUUGCCAUGCAGCGCAAGGUCAACACGGGACUUGUCGAAAAGCUUGUUCCCAUUGCCAACAUGGCCUUCACCAAGCUUCGUCCGGGCGUGUUUGCCCUUGACACCACAUUUGAUCGCGGCCUGCUGACGUGGGAGCUGCAAGUGCUGUCGCAUCGUGUGUGUGCGCUCGGUGUGCAGACGCCGACGCAAGCCGCCCUGAAAAAGCCGCUUGGCGUGUUUAUCGACUGCAAGGCAGAUGUGCUGCAGUACGGCAAGGCCACGCUCAUGCCGUGGCCGCCGACAGAGCGCACACCGCGGUCGUUUAUGUUUGUCCUCGACUGCAGCAGUGGCGUGCUCACGGUGGCGGAGCGGAAUGGCCCAACGAAAACGCUGCAGGUGGCGCCGGGCUCCCAGCCGUGUGUCUGUCUUGACGACGACAACGGCAGCGGCGCUGGCAUCCAUGACAGCAAUGCUGCUGACAAUGCUGAGGAUGGCUCGACCAGCGACGCCUUUGCGAUCACAGACCACGUGCGCAUCGCAACGCUCGCGUGGAGCUACGGCGCGGAGGAUGUGUUGGAAGCGAGCAAGUUCCUGCCAUUGAGGGAUGUGCCCGUGUACGCGAAGCAGAAGAUGUAUGCGCGCAUGUACGAUGAAUCCGAAGUCCUCAGUGCCUCCGCAGAAUGCAACACGGCGUGCCUGGUCAACCUUUUCUCCCACACCAUGCAAGCGCGUCUGCUGGCGCAUGCGCAAGCGCCGUCCAGUCUGCACGGGCUUGUGGUUGAGGUUCAUCUUGCACAUGUCACGGCGAAGGAUGGCGUGAUGCGGUAUGAUCCAACCUGUGAUGCAUCGGUGAUUGUUCCUGGGCGCCUCGCCAGCGAAGACCAGGACAGCACGGCGGUGUACGUUGAUGUUCCCGUUGUCAACACGGAGAACCAGCUUGUCACCCUGGACUCCUUGGCGCCGCUUCGCGUCUUCCCCGUCGGCACCGCGGCCGCUCAUGGGCGCAGCGUGUCGUUUGUCAACUUCCCAAGACUGGGUUCGUUUGGCUGGCCAGAGUACCUUGCCCUGACGCAGCAGUCGCCGCUCCUGCCGUGGAUGGUUCCCUCUGAUGCUCCACCACAGGACCUCGUGUCCUUGCAGAUCAGGAUUGGCCUGGAGCUGUCCUCCUUCACCUGCCUUGUCCCACGCGAGCUUGUGCGCCGGUAUGCUACCACGGCCUCCGAGGCCACGCCGGCCCUGCACCGCCUGGUCGAGGACGCCGCGUUUGUGCUCGGGCACGUGCAGCUGUCACGCAUUGGGCAGAAGUCUGCCGAGGAGCUCUCGCGGCUGGCAAGCGUCACGUCGGAGCUGUUGCGUUUUGAGCCCGCGCUCGCCAGCCACAGCCUCUCCGCCCUGCAGCACCCGCUGGAGGCAGAGCCUUUCUCCGCGCUGGAGCUGAUGGGCGCGGGCGUCAGCACGUCGCCGAGCAGGCAGCUGUCAUCCUCUGUUGGGCUGCUGCGGACGCCCUCGUCAUCAGAUGCCCCGCCAUCGCCGCGUCGCGCGGGCCUGCGCCGCUUCUCCUCCGUCGAGACGCCCGUGCCUGCGACAGCGGCAACGGGGGCCCCCGCAGGCAGCGCCCUGGGGAUUGCCCGCAGCGUCAAGGACAUGCUUGAGUUCUUUGAGGAGGUGCAGGUGCUGGUGGCGCGCGUGCGGGAGGGCGCGAGCACCGAGGACUGGCAGCGCGCGUUUGGUGACACGGAGGACGCAGCAAUGUCGCCCUGGACAAGCAUUGGCGUGCUCAACUUUCUGGCGCGCACCACCACGCGGGUGGACGUGCUGGCGUCGGUGCUGUCAGCGUUUUCGAGCCUGUUUGCGACGCGAUCGACGGCAACAACGUACUACGAUGAGGACGAUGCGGAAACCCCGGCAGCAGAAGACGGUGGUGUGGGCGAGGAGGAAAAGGGCAGUGGCAGCAGCAAGGGAGACCAGGCCAACAAGGCCGAUGCGCGCAAGCAGCAGGACGGAAAGGAUGGCGAGGACAAGGACAACAAGCAGCACCAGGGCAACAGGGACAAGAAGGGCAAGAAGCAAGGCGAUGGUGGUGGUGGUGAUGAUGAUGAUGAUGGUGAAGGCGACAAGCCCAAGAACGCCGAUGGUCGUGGCACUGAGGACAGCCAGGCCGGGGUCACCGCCAAGCGCCGAAAGCUGAACUUGCUUGAGGAGUCUGUGAACGCCAUCCACACGCUUGAUCUCGGGCACGGCCUUGAGCUGCGCGCGAGUCGGACGGCCCUGAUCCAGUUCCUGAGCAUGGUGGCGCACAUGGGCACAAGCCUCCCGCCAGCGCACCCGUUGCAGCGGCUGGCCAUCCGGUGCUGGGCGCUGCCGCGCGUGGCGGAGGGCGAGCCGCAGCUGCUGCAGGGGACACACGUGCUGUCGUGGCUGAGCAAACUGCUGCUGAUGGAGGAGCGGUCGUCGCCAUCUGCUGCACCGUCGCCGCGGCGCGGGACAACCACAAUCUCGCGCACACGCACGUCCAGUGCAGUUGCUGAUGUUGGCGGUGGCGCAGGCAAGCAAGGGGGCGCGGAGACGGCGGGAGGGAACGACGAGCCGCUGGCAGAGGUGACAGCUGACAAGAAGGAAAACGAAGAUGAAGCACAUGUGAGGGGAGAGGAAGGCCAGGAGGGCAAGGUGGAAGAAUUAAAGGAGGACGAAGUGGAGGAAGACGAGACAACAGCGAAGGGCAAGGGGCCGGAUGGUAGUCGUGGUGAUGGUGGUGACGGUGGUGACGGUGGUGACAGUGGCGGUGACAGCAGCAAAGCGACAACAACCGCAACAAGCACGAACGCCACGGCAAGGACGAGCGUCUCCGUUUCACACGCCAACGCCGGCGAUGUCAACACUGAGGCGGAAGCAGAGGAAGACGCCGAUGGGGCCAUCUUUGGCGAGGACGAGAUCGAUGUGACCCCGCACGCCAAGGUCUCCGUGAGCAGCCAGCCGGACAUGGCUGGGUCGCUGGUUGACGGGCGAACGGACACGAUGUGGCAGGCGCAGGGCGGAUUCUCGGUCAACUGGAUCAAGCUUACGCUCGACCCGGCCGUCCUGCGGGAGAAGGUUGGCCCAAACGUUGGCCCGCCCAAAGCCGUGUAUGUGCACGUGGACCCCACGCGCGACCCUCGUGACCGCAUUCCGACUGCAAUUGAGCUGCAGGACCUGACGUCCUCUGGCAUGGACAAGCCCGUGUCUGUGCCGGUGCCGUCCGCAAGCAAGCGGCCCAUGUGGCUGAUGCUCGAGUGCCCUGCGCAGUCGUCGGGGAAGCUCGACGCUGUUGUGGAGCUGAAGCUGGUGCUGAAGAGCCGGUCGGAGGUGCGGGUGCGCCAGGUACGCGUGUGCUGCGGCGCUGGGUCGCGCGCGCUGAGCAACGAAGCGACUAUGGGCCACCCGAUCCACUGCGAUGCGCUAGUGCUGUUCAAGCUUCUGAGCGCGGGCUUGCUCAAGUCCGACGCCCAGACGCUGAUUGGGCGCGGGGGCGCGGGGGACGAGGAGCUGCUGGGCUUGCUGAACCGAGACACGGCGCUCAACACGGGCCCGCUGCAGACGCAGAUGCUCAAGCACAUUGUGCGCGGGCUGAAGGUUGAGACGGCGGCGGUGGUGGAGGCGUGCUGCAGCUCACCGGCCGAGCACAGUGGCAGCGACACGGACACGCAGCAGGAGGAAGCGUUGGAGCUUGAGAGCCGCGAGGAAUACGUGCUUGAGCUGCUGGAUCUUCUCAGGGACGCGCUGUCUCGCAGCGCCUCUGCCGUGCCCUCCAUGGCCGUGCUGAAACUCCUCUACCAGCUCGUGCAUUGCGCAUCGACACGCGUGCAGUCUGCCGCAGUCAACCUGCUGCGGGUGAUUGCGCCACGCCAAAAAUACCCGUCGCUGCCCAAGGUGGACGUGGUGUCCUUUGCUGGCACCGCAAUCGCCGUCUCCCACGUGCGCAUGCUUCUCGCCGCUGUUGCCAAGAUCAUCCAAGUCCAGCUGCGCUUCCGGUUGUCUGAGGAGGGCGGUGGGCUGACGAGCACGACGCAACAGCUGUCGUUGAAGCAGCUGUGUGGUGUGGAGGAGCACUGUUUGCCGUCACAGACAGCGUCGCUCGGCCUCUCGCGGCAGGCGUCUAUUGAUCCGACAGCAGCAACCGCGAAAACCACCGAUAACGCAGACGCGGACACGCACUUGGUGGAGGCGGCGCGGCGCAUCAAGCAGCAGGUGUCGUCGUGGCAGGUGGCCGGGGACUGUGCGGGCGCCUUCAAAGACAUUGUUGGCCUCGUCUCGUUCCUCCUUCGCACCUCCGCCUGGCAGAAGGAAGUCAAGGAUGAGCUGGCUUCGCUGCUGCUUGAUCUGAACCAUCGGGCACGGACGGUGGAGGGCGAGGUGGAGUCGAUGUUUGGGCUCUUUGGCGACUACUCCACGUGGCUUGCAGCUGCCGCCCUCGCCGUCCUCACCAAGACCACCGUUGGUGGCAUCAACAAGACCAUUCGCCAGCUAGAGGGCAAUACGUUUUUGUGUCAACAUCACGACGACGGUGUCACGGCUGCAGCUGUGUUUUGCCACACCUGCCACGCCCACUACUGCACUUAUUGCGACAAAUUUGCGCACUUGCACCCGUCAAAGCGGAACCACGAGCGCAAGGACAUUGACCAGAUUGAGACGCUGUCUGUGGAGUGGAACGACGGAUACACGCGCAUCAAGCAGCCAUCCUUCCUUAUUCUCGUUGAUCCCGUGAACCUUCGCAGCAUCGUUGAGUUCCGGCCGACGAAGAAGUUCGUGGACGGGACGGCACGCCAGUGCCGCUUCUGUCUCGCGCCCGUGGACGGAGCAGAGGGGAAGAGCGCUGACCGCGUGGUCUGCGCAUCUGCAGAGUGCGUUGAGGCGUUGGCGAACGUCUGCCAGCGCACCCUGCCGUGUGGGCACGCAUGCCAGGGACUGCGGGACGAGCCCACGUGUCCACCAUGUCUGCAGUGCGCAAAGGCUGCUGGUCUCAUUCAGCAGGAUGCAGACGAUGAGUGCAUGGUCUGCUUCUGCGGCUGUCUUCGCGAAGGACCCUGCAUCAUGCUGGGGUGUGGGCACAUCUUUCACGCGGACUGCAUAUUCCGCAUGCUCAAGACGGGCUGGCCCGGCCCGCGCAUCACGUUUGACUUUGCCACGUGCCCGCUUUGCCGCUCGAGUCUGCUGGAAGGAGAGCCGCAUCCGCUCCUUGCAACCAUGCUGGCGCCAAUCAAGGCCCUGCACGCAGACGUUCGCCGCAAGGCGCUGAUGCGUCUGCAAUAUGACAAUGAGAAGGUGGAGGGCACGGAGGAGAAGAGGGCGGCGCGCGCCAUGAAGAAGUACACCUACUACAAGUGCUUCAAGUGCAGCAAAGCGUACUUUGGUGGCGAAGAAGCGUGUGCCGUUGGCAGCAACGACUUUGACGAAGAAGAGCUUGUGUGCCCCGCGUGCUCCGGAGGCGAGGCACAGCAAGUUUGUCCAAAGCACGGAACAGACUUUUUGGAGUACAAGUGUCGCUACUGCUGCAGUGUGGCCGUGUUCUUCUGCUUUGGCACGACCCACUUUUGCCAGCCGUGCCACGACGACUACCAGCGCUGUCUCGAUUGCCCAAAGGCCAACCUGCCCAAGUGCCCGGCUGGACCCAAGCUGACGCAGCUGGAAGGAGAGGAGUGCCCGCUGCAUGUGAAGCACCCGCCCACCGGAGAGGAAUUUGCCCUUGGUUGUGGCAUCUGUCGCAACGCUCAAACGUUCUAACAGAAGUUAUGUUGGGUGCGCGUGUGACUGUGGACGUUUGUGCUUUGUUUGUGUGUGUGUGUGUGUGUGUGUUUG